AUGGGUAUACAUGUUUUUCAUCCUGCUCCUGGUCAUGAUUGUACUCUUCCAUCUAUUGCUGGUCUAAGCACUUCCUUGGAUGCAAAAGGAUCUCGUUAUUCCACUUCUAUUCUCGUUCAGGCAGGUUUUCAGGUGACCUGCCUGGUAUGGUCAAGGAAUCAAGGAAUUCUUAAAAUUCUAUUACCAGACCUGAGGAAGAAAACCAAAAUUAUUUUAUUAUAUCGAGAUGGUAUCUUAGAUAAUCAAUUCAAAACUGUACUAGAAUUAUAA